UCUGGUCCCUCUAGCAUUUUUGUUCUCGAUUUUGUCCGUUUUGCGUGUUUUUUUCGUCCGGUGUGCGGUUUUUAAAUUAUUGUUUUCGAUCUCGCGUGUGAAUGUGUGCAGCUAUAGCCGCCGCCCCAACGCCCCAGAUCGGCGACUCAGGCAUGUGAGCGCGCUGCCGUGAUUGCCGGAAUACUCGUCGUGUGAAUAAAAGAUUUUUCGUGAUGAUUUUCCGCACAUAGUGGAUAAAAGGCCAACCCGCACUCACACUCACACAUACUGGUGCAAAUAUAUACAUAAAUCAAGCGAAAUUAUAGUGCGGCGUGUGUGUGUGUGUGUGCUAGAAGAAUUCUUUUUUAAAAAUUAACAACAAUAAUAAUGUCGGCACGUUCCAGCGGCUUGGUGGCCGCUACUGCCCUCCCCAUUCCCUCAUCAUCCUCCUCGGCGGCGUCAGGUGGCGAUGUGCCACGCCCACCGCCGCGGAGGAGAGCCGCCUCUGUUGCAGGACAACAGCAGACGCGCCUGGAAUACGGCAACGGACACACGCCACGUCGAUCGUUGGCUACAGUGAACGACUCUGGGGACUCGUGCCACCUGCGAAUCGUUGUGCUCAGUGGACAGUCGCUGGCCAAGAAGGAUAUUUUCGGUGCCAGCGACCCGUAUGUCAGAAUCGAUUUGAACACAAUCAACGGUGAUAUUAACAUUGACUCUGUUUUGACCAAGACCAAAAAGAAGACCCUAAAUCCCAUUUGGAACGAGGAAUUUAUAUUCAGAGUUAAACCGUCAGAGCAUAAGCUUGUCUUUCAAGUAUUUGACGAGAAUCGCCUGACACGCGACGACUUCCUGGGCAUGGUUGAGCUAACCCUGGUGAACUUGCCCACGGAGCAGGAGGGACGCACCAUUGGCGACCAAAGCUACACUCUGCGCCCGCGCAGGUCAGUAGGCAGCGCCAAGUCCCGCAUCAAGGGCACCCUGCGCAUCUACCAUGCCUUCAUCCGCGAGACGCGGGAGCAGAGCGAGCCAUCCAGCGGCAAUAGCAACAGCGACGGCGAGUGGGAGCAUGUGGAAGCCACCAAUGCCAGCGGUGAGACCUCAGCCCAGCCGAAUCCUUUUCCUACCGGCGGCCAUGAUGCCUUGCCCGCUGGCUGGGAGGAGCGACAGGAUGCCAAUGGACGCACGUACUAUGUAAAUCACACCGCCAGGACGACGCAGUGGGAGAGACCUACCAUCUUAAACAGCAACAGCAGCCAAUCCGCUGACCAAUUGGCCUCGGACUUCCAAAGACGCUUUCACAUUAGCGUAGACGAAACGGAGUCGGGACGCUCGGCGGAUACCAUCAGUCGCAUUAGUGUAGAAGACAAUAACAAUGUGGCUGAAGGGGUUACAACUCCUACACCAUCAACACCAACCACACCAACGGAUGGCAACUUAACACCAACGAUCUCAGCAGAAACCAACAACACACCAACAAACCACAACAACAACAACUAUAACCACAGCAACCGUAUCAGCCAUGUGGAGCUAUUAGCUGGUCAAGAAGACGUUUAUAACGAAGAUCCCACAGUGGCUCACAACAGUUUUGUUUACAAUUCCCUGCAACACCGUGUUGGUCAUAGGCCACCUGAGGUUUCGGCCACCAGUUUGCAGAAUGACCUGCGUCCAGUGCGUGUGGCACCGGCAGUGCCUGAUAUUACUAUGAACAACCUGUUGACCCGGCGGGCCGUGGCCAAAAUGGCUGGCAGGAGUGAGCAGCAGCAGGAGCAGCAGCGUCGGCGACAGCAGAUGCAGUUGCAUAUCCAGCAGCAUCAGCAGCGGCAGAAUAGAAUAUUGCUUGAUGUGGAUCAUCCCAGGCAGCUGCAGAAUCGGCGGCGACAUCAGUUGCAACUGCAGUUGCAGUCAGAAGCCAACUCAUUGAAUGAAGACACCGAUCACACAGACAGCCACAAUCCCUCAGAGAUCUCAGCUCCGUCCACCCGACGCAAUUCCGAGGAAGACAACGCCGCUGUGCAGCCCAUGGAACAAAGUGCCGGCGGCGAGGAGGAAGCCUUGCCACCUCGUUGGUCCAUGCAGGUGGCCCCCAAUGGUCGUACCUUCUUCAUUGAUCAUGCAGCCCGGCGUACCACUUGGAUUGAUCCUCGCAAUGGAAGGGCCAGUCCCAUGCCCAAUCAAACGCGACGCGUUGAGGAUGAUCUGGGUCCCUUGCCUGAAGGCUGGGAGGAGCGGGUGCACACCGAUGGUCGAGUGUUUUAUAUAGAUCAUAACACGCGAACCACUCAAUGGGAGGAUCCUCGCUUGUCCAAUCCUAAUAUUGCAGGACAGGCUGUGCCCUACUCCAGGGAUUACAAACAGAAAUACGAGUAUUUCAAGAGUCAUAUUAGAAAGCCUACAAAUGUACCAAAUAAAUUUGAAAUACGCAUACGCCGUACAUCCAUACUGGAGGAUUCGUACAGAAUUAUUAGCUCGGUGACCAAAACCGAUUUACUAAAGACUAAAUUAUGGGUAGAAUUUGAGGGAGAGACUGGCUUAGAUUAUGGUGGCCUUGCUAGGGAAUGGUUCUAUUUGCUGUCCAAGGAAAUGUUUAAUCCCUACUAUGGACUCUUUGAGUACUCGGCCAUGGACAACUACACGCUGCAGAUAAACAAUGGCAGCGGUCUGUGCAACGAGGAGCAUUUAAGUUACUUUAAAUUCAUUGGCCGCAUUGCGGGCAUGGCUGUGUACCAUGGCAAGCUGCUGGAUGCCUUCUUCAUACGUCCUUUCUACAAGAUGAUGCUGCAGAAGCCCAUUGACUUGAAGGACAUGGAAUCGGUGGACACGGAGUACUACAACUCGCUCAUGUGGAUCAAGGAGAAUGAUCCGCGCAUCUUGGAACUGACUUUCUGUCUGGACGAAGACGUUUUUGGCCAAAAGAGUCAGCAUGAACUAAAGCCGGGUGGCGCCAACAUAGAUGUGACCAAUGACAACAAGGAUGAGUACAUCAAACUUGUUAUUGAAUGGCGUUUUGUGGCCCGUGUCAAAGAGCAAAUGUCUGCCUUUUUGGAUGGCUUUGGUUCUAUAAUUCCCCUGAAUCUGAUCAAGAUCUUUGAUGAGCAUGAACUGGAGCUGCUGAUGUGCGGCAUACAGAACAUUGAUGUGAGGGAUUGGCGUGAGAAUACGCUGUACAAGGGCGACUAUCACAUGAAUCACAUCAUUAUACAAUGGUUCUGGCGGGCUGUACUCUCAUUUUCUAAUGAAAUGCGCUCACGCCUCCUGCAGUUUGUCACCGGCACCUCGCGUGUGCCUAUGAACGGUUUCAAAGAGCUGUAUGGCUCCAAUGGCCCGCAGAUGUUUACCAUUGAGAAAUGGGGCACGCCCAAUAACUUCCCUAGGGCUCAUACCUGCUUCAAUCGCCUGGACCUGCCUCCGUAUGAGGGCUACCUGCAGCUGAAGGACAAGCUAAUCAAGGCCAUCGAGGGCAGCCAAGGCUUUGCUGGUGUUGAUUAAUAACAACGGCAACGGGAGCGAUGACAGCCAAAUGCUUUGGCAGGAGCUGCAGCAGCAGUUUCAGCAGCAGCAACAGGAAGAGGAGCAGCGGCGGCAGCAACGAUUCCAGACAUCACAGCAACCACAGGAUCAACAUCAACUAGAACUUCAACAACGACGACAGCGACAGCGACAGAGCCACCUCAAUGCUUGGAGCACCGCCAGCAGAUCGUGUACUUACUUGUUCGUUUGCUUUUGUAUUAUAAUCAUUUUUGCUAGUUUAGUGUUAUUUCGUAUGUACUUUUAACUAGGCGCCAAAACUCACAACACACACACACACUAAGCAUGCACACCAAAAUCCAAAUAUAUAAAAUUAGCAUGUGAAAACCUACAACUAACAAAAAAAAGAGUCCAAAAUUAUAUAUAGAAAUAUAUUUAUUACACAUUGCCGACAAUUGUAAAAAGUUGAAAACGUUUUACAAACUAAAACAAAGCCCAAAACUAACUAUUAAAUCUAUAGAGAGAAAGAGAGUCCAAAAGAAAACUAUAAAAACUACUUGUCUUUUAUGUGCAGAGAGAGAAAAACCUUUUUAUAAUAUUGUUAUUUUUAUGCGCUAUUCCUCCUCAGCAACAACCUACAAGGCGAUAAAUAAAACUAAAAAAAUAACUCAAGUAAAUGCAAGUUAAUAUUUGUAACAUUACAUUUUUAUUCCGUAUAAACUGUAUGUGUGUGUAUUCGUAUUAAUUGUAAUGUUAGUCCGUAACAGUCGCUCUUUACUAUUUAAAUAAAAAAAACAAAAGACAAACAUCAAAUAUAUAUUAUAAACAAAGAAAAUACAAUCACUGUAUAAUUGUAUAAAUGUUAAUUAUAUACGAAAAAAGAAGACACACAUUCCAAAUGUUUACUGUGCGAAAAAAAAUUGGAGGCCUAUAUGAUAAUAUGAUUAUUGACCCAUUGGAAGUCUAUCAAAAUUAAAUUUUAAACUCAAAUUAUAUAGAGAAAGCAAAGAAAUGGAGAAAGUCACAGAACGAGAGAGAGAGAGCGACACAAAGAUGAAAAUAAAUACCAAUAAAAAGAAAAGGUUAAAGUUAA